UGUGUGUGUGUACAGGUAAGUAAGUAUAUAGAGAGAGAAAGGACAGAGUAGGAAAGAAAGAGGAUAGAGAUUAGAGAGAAAAGAGAAGCACCGUUAUGGCUACAGCUUAUGCAACAGGGGUGUUAGUCUCUCGUAUCCCCAAGACGUCGUCGUAUUCACACAUCUCUGCUUUGCCUCAUCUUCCUCUUCGUUCUGUUCGUACAUCGAUCUCGUCUUCUUCAAAGCACUUCCCAGAUUCCAAUAGGUUGACUUUGUUCCGGAUCAAAGCCUCUUCUUCAGAAGAGACAUCUGGUUCAGCAGAUGUUGGUGAAGUAUUCUUGGACUUGAAGGAAAAGUGGGAUGCACUUGAAGACAAGUCCACAGUCGUCCUCUAUGGAGGUGGAGCAAUAGUUGCAGUUUGGCUCACUUCCGUUUUUAUUGGUGCCAUCAACUCAGUCCCGGUGCUUCCAAAAAUUAUGGAGUUGGUUGGACUUGGAUACACUGGAUGGUUUGUCUACCGGUACCUCCUCUUUAAGUCGAGCAGAAAGGAACUAGCCUCUGAUAUUGAAGCCUUGAAGAAAAAGAUUGCUGGAAGUGAAUAGAGCAGCAUGAAAUGCACACUUCAGUUUUCUUUCUUACAUUUAGUUCUGUAUCAUUGAUCCAAACUUGGUAGUUGUUGUCCUCAGCAAAGGAACAGUUGAAUCUUACAUGUAUAUUAUCUGUGAUGAUCUUUGUUCUCUUCUAUUUUGUAUAAAUGCAAUAUUUCUUGAAAUGACAAUUAUCAUUUCCAUCAUGAACGGAUUCAAUGUUUUAAUUGAUUAUUUUCUAGCUAAA